AUAGUAAUUAAGAUGUAGCCAUAAAUAUUGUUACCAAUAAAAAAACUGUACUAACGACAUCUCGAGAAACAAACGCCAACAUGGCAAAUAUAUGCCAUGUCAACAAAUGGGUGACCUCAUGUAUUUUGUCGGAAACACGCCGCCGUACGUCAUUCCCUCACACUUGGUCUUGUCCCACGUGGAACAAUGCACCCACCUCUGUGUUAUCGUAUUAGAGAUAGAUCCUAUUACGUAUUUUACCUUCUUUUUUUGGCUUGUUUCUCUUAUAUUAUCUUUUUGCAUGGCCCCAUUUUCCAUUUUUCUUAAAAAAAUGGUUAUUGAGUUUUUUGGGAGGCAGCCUUGUUAUUGAUUGGUUGCAAUGAAAUAAAUAUAUAUUAAAUAUAUAUUAUAUUAUUAAUAGCUCCCUCAUUCAAAUAUCUAAUCAGUUCCCCAUCUCGUGUAUAUAUAUCCCAUAUAUUUUCCAAGUUUAUAGCCACUUAAUAUAGAGAUCUUAAGAAGAAAAUCGUUAAAAAGAUUGUAAAUGGAGUAUCAAACUAGCUUCUUCUACGAAAACCAAGCUCGAGAGUUCUCACCGGAGAACUCUUGUUCAACAAACUCAUGGAGCUCACAAGAAUCAUUCUUGUGGGAAGAGAGUUUCUUACAUGAUCAAUCAUUUAGCCCUUCCUACUACUCUGACGACUUCUUAGCAUUUGGAUCAUCACUCAUCAAGGAAGAAGAAGAAGGAGAAGACACCGUGGCGGCCUUGGAGGAGGAGGAGAGGUCAUACAGAGGAGUGAGGACGAGGCCGUGGGGGAAAUACGCAGCCGAGAUAAGAGACUCAACGAGGAAAGGGAUAAGAGUGUGGCUCGGGACGUUCGACACUGCGGAAGAGGCUGCCCUUGCUUAUGAUCAGGCAGCUUUCGCUUUGAAAGGUGACCUUGCGGUACUCAACUUCCCCGUAGAUGUUGUUAGGGACUCUCUCCAGAAGAUGGAGGAUGUAAAUCUCGAUAACGGAGAGUCUCCGGUGAUAGCUUUGAAGAGAAAACAUUCCAUGAGAAACCGACCCAGAGGAAAGAAGAAGUCUCCUCCAUCUUCCUCUUCCUCUUCGUCUUCAUCUUCAAGAAGUAGAAUACAAAGUGUUGCUAUGAAGCAAGAAAGUACUACAACACUUGUAGUUUUUGAGGAUUUGGGUGCUGAGUACUUAGAAGAACUUAUGAGAUCGUGUUCAUGAUCAUCUCUCUUUUUACAAUGAUAUGAGAUUUAAGUGACCUCUGAUUUUUAUAAUAGUUUUUAUUGUUGUCGGAUUUUGGAAGGGCUGUGAUGGAGAUGUUGGAAGUGUAUAGACAAGUGGUCUACCGUUGCGUUAUUGUUGGAAAGCAUGUAUUAUGAAUUAUCUAAUACUACGUAAAUCACUAUACCUUAAUGCUUAUUUUCUUAUAAUAUAUUUGUUAAUC